AUGCGUGCAAGUUCCAUUGAUAUUCAUCUGAAUGCAAAAUGGUCACAGAAUGGUAUCACUGUAGUUGGAGGAAAUGGAUGGGGCAGUGAAACCAAUCAACUCACCUCUCCAUGGGGUUUGUACGUCGACGAUGAUCAAACGAUUUAUGUAGCUGAUCGUUUGAAUCAUCGUAUCGUGGAAUGGAAAUCUGGUGCAACGAAUGGAAAAGUAGUUGCUGGUGGAAAAGGAGAAGGGAAUGGAGCUCAUCAGUUAAACUACCCAGCAGAUGUGAUUAUCGACAAAGAGAGCGAUAGUUUCAUCAUCAGCGAUUGGGGGAAUAAAAGAGUAGUUCGAUGGCCUCGUCGAAAU